ACCAAAAAGAAAGGAAAAAAAGAAAAGAACAACCGCGAGCGCACAAUCACCCAGACAGGCCUUUUUGUACGUUGCACUUCGUUCCUCUUUGACCUCCUACCACGCCACUUCCGUUUUUUUUGCUUCUGCAUUGCGCUGUCGCUGCUACUACUGUCAUUCUUUCCUUCUUUGCAGGUCUCGUUGUUGUUGCUUCCUACAGCUCUACACUACUCAGACAAAGAGAAAUGCGCUCUGACAGCAGUACCUCUAAAGCCUGGUCUCCGCGUGGAGACAGCUGGCAACAAGGCGGCGGUCGUGGUGCACACCAAGACACCUUGCCGGUUGCAGCAGGACCCUACCAACCACCACCGCAGGUGGAGCCUGCUCGCUACCGGCCUCCUCCCCACAACUUCUCCGAUGCAUCGUCCACCGAGCCCCGGUCGCCGUGGUUGUCGUCGUCGUCGUCGUCCACGCCCUCCUCCUGGGGUGACCGCAGGAAUAGCGACCACUCCGGCUCCAUGCAGCACUUGUCCACACUACCUCCUCCUCCUCCUCUUCCUCCCCCCCGACCACUGCCGCAAUCGCCGCGACCGCAAGCAGCUCAUCCAGCUCAUCGAGCCUACCACGAUCGUUCCGGCCAUCUAGAGGUGCCGCGUGACAACAACAACAAUCUGAUUCACGGCGCUGCUGGUUUACUAGCUGCACGAAUCCGCAAUCCACCCCCGGGCUGUGAGUGGCCGGUCCUUGGCGCCAAUGGCAGUGUUCGGCAGGAGCAGCCUUCUGGCAACAAGCCACGAAACCGGCCCCGCCGGCCCAGCGAGCCGUCGCAGCCGAACCAACUGCCUCCGAGGCAGCUCAGGCCCCCGAUCCCUCCAGAUCACUCGCUGCUCGCCGAGCCAACAUCUGAAGCCGUGGAGAACCCAGACUUGUUUGUCGAGAAGUAUCGCGAGGACACCGAAAUCUGCAGGCGUGCCGCGCAGUAUAUCAACAGUUCUGGAAUGCUGCACCACAUGGCGGAUGUCUACCAGUGGUGGUGGUCACGGAUUCUCGAUAGGAUGGCCCGGAAGGAGUUCAGCGAGAUCACUUUGGAUCCACACGAGAAAAUCCUUAGGAUGCUCCAGGAUAAUGCCGAGAAGACUGCCAACGACCUGGGAGGCAUACGCGAGGAGUUUGAGUUUGUCCCAAUGACCAACUACUACGCUGAAAACAUGAUCCCCAGUGCCGGUUUUACGGUCGGUCAGGUGGAGCUGGCGAGGCGCGAUCCCAAUCGCUGGAACAGGAGAGAUAAACAGCAAGACAAGCUCUUCGCGGAUGAUCCUACCGGUGAAUUGGAGCUGUGGGAAAAGUGGAGGGCCAAAACGACCGAGGAAGCCAAAGAGGGCUACAAGAAGUUCGAGGAAAAGUUGGAAAAGUUGGAGAAGAGGAGGCAAUCCGAGUCGGGAGGCCUGCCCUACGAUGCGAGGAGCAAGUACAAGAAAACCUCACACCAACCCGGAAAUCGCAAUUCCCGCCGAGGAGGUAGGGGGCAGCGCCAGGAGAGAAGUUUCCUUACGCGUGCCCAGUUUGAUGCCAAUACCAGGAUCCAAAAGGGAAAUGGCAGCCCUGCAUUGGGCAGAACCGGAGAGGGAGGAGCCGGAGGAGGAGGUGCUGGCGGAAGAGGAAGGGGACGGUGGACAAUGAGACACGGACGCCGUGGUCGUGCGUAAACCGUCACGACCGCAACACCCAACUUUGGUGCAUCACUUCGAGAUCGAGCAGUACGAGCCCAUCGGCUUGCGAGUACGGCACUUAAGAAUCUUUCUGUGAUGGUUGGGUGUAUUCACGGCCCACCAACUCUUCUCAAGGGAGAGUCUAAGGCCAUUUUUUUCUUUCUAACGAUGUAUUACUAGACACCUUUUUUUCCUUCA